GUGCUGGCACUGUCCCAGUCCCCAUGGGUGCCCAGAGCCACACCCUGGGCUGUGCCGGGCUCCUCUUCACGCCAAGCAGGCGGCAACCCUGCCAUGUGUCACCGCCCGGCGCAGAGGCUGGGGACAUGGCUGCGCUGGCUCGGAGCGUCCUGGUGACAGGGUCCAACCGAGGCAUCGGGCUGGAGCUCGUGCGGCAGCUCGCCGCCAGCCCCCAGCCCCCCCAGCACAUCUUUGCCACCUGCCGCGACCCCGAGGGUCCCGGAGGGAAGGCCCUGCAAGAAUUAGCUGCCCAGCACUCCAGCAUCAAACUGGUCCAGCUAGACACAGUGAAUUUGUCCAGCAUCCAAAGCGCCAUGCAGACUGUGGGGAAUCAUCUGAAGGACCGGGGCUUGAACCUGCUCAUCAACAAUGCAGGCAUCAGCUCCCAUGCCACACUGUGCUCCCUGGACUCGCAGGAGAUGCUCGAUGUGUUUGCCACCAAUGUGGUUGGGCCACUCCAGGUUGUCAAGGAAUUUCUGCCACUCCUGGAGCAGGCGGCAAAGGGCACAGGAAAGGAGGGUCUGAGCUGCAGCAGGGCAGCUGUCAUUAACAUCUCCUCCAAGCUGGGCUCCAUUGGGCUGUGCCUCCGUGUGCCAGAGGCCCCCAUGUACCCGUACCGGGCCAGCAAGGUGAGCUGCCAGGGGAGGUGCUGGAGAUGCUGUCCUGGGCACAGUGCCCGUGGAGGGGAGGGAGCCCUGGGUCACUCCCUGCCCCAGCCACCCACACCCAGCCUGGUUCUCCCAGGUGGAAGCAGAGAGACUGGGACAGCAGCAGCCAGGACUGAGCCUUUCCAGCAGGUCGUGCUGAUGUUUUGCCACAGGACCAAGCCCCAUUUCCCCCCUCCACAGCCAUUUUGUGGUUAUGAAAUGUCUUCUCUCCUGCCUACCCACUCCCCGGGUUGUGCUGGCAGGGCUAUGCCUCUUCCAGGCUGCCCAGAACAUGGUGACGAGGUGCUUGGCUGUGGAACUCCAGGACAAGGGGAUCUUGUGCAUGGCCAUCCAUCCUGGCUGGGUGAAGACUGACAUGGGCACACAGGAGGCACCACUGCCAGUGGAGCACAGCGUGAGGGGCAUCCUGACUGUGCUGGCCAGCCUCUCACAGGACACCUCUGGAGCCUUCCUCGACUGGGAAGGGAACAGCCUGCCCUGGUGAUGGACUAAUGGACGGCACCUCUUGCCCACACUGCAGUCUCUGCUCACUGGCUCACCAGUCUGCACGGUCACCCCUGCUCACCCUCAGCCCUCCCCACACUGCUGGGUAGAGCGAAUCAGCUUGGGAAACAGCCUCUGUUUCCCUUCCCACACCAUGUGUUCCCUGUGGUCCCCCUGUACCCCUCACCUCUGUAAACUCUGGCAGCUGAUGCCUCUCUGCUCUGUCUCCA